CUGGAUUCCUCCUAGCCUUGGCCACUUGGCUUCCGGAGAGCUCGUCAGAAAGCGCAGAGGCAGAUGCAGAAAGUCAGUUUCCCCGGGACCCCAAGGAGGACGCCGGCCACCUGGAAACGUCGGGGACCUGGAGGGGCGGGGCUGAGCGAGCUCCGGGGCUGGCCCGCCUCUCUGAGGCUUCGCUGAAAGACUGCAGGGCAAAGGGGGAGGGUCUCGAACACUGUCCUGCUCCUCUGAGAGAGGGACCCUGCCGGGUGGAAAUCCGGCAUCAGCGAGCCGCAGAAACCCGCGGCAAACACCAUGGAACGAGCGGGCCCCAGCUCCGUGCAGUCGCAGCAGCAGCGGGACCAGGACUGGGUGGAAGCGUGGCUGGAUGAUCACCGGGACUUUACCUUCUCUUACUUUGUUAGAAAGGCCACCAGAGACAUGGUCAAUGCAUGGUUUUCAGAGAGAGUUCACAACAUUCCUGUGUGCAAGGAAGGCAUCCGGGCCCACACCGAGUCCUGCUCUUGCUCUCUGCCUCAAAGUCCUCAUGCAGAUAAUACCACCCCUGGAGCACCAGCCAGAAAAAUCUCUGCCUCUGAAUUUGACCGACCUCUUAGACCCAUUGUUGUCAAGGAUUCUGAGGGAACCGUGAGCUUUCUCUCUGACUCAGGAAAAAAGGAACAGAUGCCACUAACCUCUCCAAGAUUUGAUAGUGAUGAAGGGGACCAGUGCUCAAGACUCUUGGAACUAGUAAAAGAUAUUUCCAGUCAUUUGGAUGUCACAGCCUUGUGUCACAAAAUUUUCUUGCAUAUCCAUGGACUUAUCUCUGCUGAUCGCUAUUCCCUGUUCCUUGUCUGUGAGGACAGCUCUAAAGACAAAUUUCUCGUCAGUCGCCUCUUUGAUGUUGCUGAAGGUUCAACACUGGAGGAAGCUUCAAAUAACUGUAUCCGUUUAGAAUGGAACAAAGGCAUUGUGGGACAUGUGGCAGCUUUUGGAGAGCCCUUGAACAUCAAAGAUGCCUAUGAGGAUCCCCGGUUCAAUGCAGAAGUUGACCAAAUUACAGGCUACAAGACACAAAGUAUCCUUUGUAUGCCAAUUAAGAACCACAGGGAAGAGGUCGUUGGUGUAGCUCAGGCCAUCAACAAGAAAUCAGGAAACGGUGGGACAUUCACUGAAAAAGAUGAAAAGGACUUUGCUGCCUAUCUGGCAUUUUGUGGCAUUGUUCUUCACAACGCCCAGCUCUAUGAAACGUCACUGCUGGAGAACAAAAGAAAUCAGGUAUUACUUGACCUUGCUAGCUUAAUUUUCGAGGAGCAGCAGUCAUUGGAAGUAAUUCUGAAGAAAAUAGCCGCCACUAUUAUCUCCUUCAUGCAGGUGCAGAAGUGCACCAUCUUCAUCGUGGAUGAAGACUGCCCUGACUCGUUCUCUCGUGUGUUUCAAAUGGAGUGGGAGGAAGUAGGGAAAUCCUCCGAGCCUUUGACAAGGGAGCACGAUGCAAACAAAAUCAAUUACAUGUAUGCUCAGUAUGUCAAAAACACGAUGGAGCCACUUAAUAUCCCAGAUGUCACCAAGGACAACAGAUUUCCCUGGACAAAUGAAAACAUGGGCCAUAUAAGCACGCACUGCAUCGGAAGUUUGCUUUGCACGCCUAUAAAAAAUGGGAAGAAGAACAAAGUCAUAGGGGUUUGCCAACUUGUUAAUAAGAUGGAGGAGAAGACUGGCAAGAUUAAGGCUUUCAACCAAAACGAUGAACAAUUCCUGGAGGCUUUUGUCAUCUUCUGUGGCUUGGGGAUCCAGAACACACAGAUGUACGAAGCGGUGGAGAGAGCCAUGGCCAAGCAGAUGGUGACGUUAGAGGUCCUGUCUUAUCACGCAUCAGCGGCGGAGGAAGAAACAAGGGAGCUCCAGGCUCUAGCGGCUGCUGUGGUACCGUCUGCCCAAACCCUUAAAAUUACCGACUUCAGCUUCAGUGACUUCGAGCUGUCUGAUCUGGAAACAGCGCUGUGUACAAUUCGGAUGUUCACUGACCUCAACCUUGUGCAGAACUUCCAGAUGAAACACGAGGUUCUUUGCCGAUGGAUUUUGAGUGUCAAGAAGAAUUAUCGGAAGAACGUUGCCUACCACAAUUGGAGGCACGCCUUUAACACGGCACAGUGCAUGUUUGCUGCUCUGAAAGCAGGCAAGAUUCAGAACAAGUUGACGGAUCUGGAGACGCUUGCAUUGCUGAUUGCCGCUUUAAGCCAUGAUUUGGACCAUCGUGGUGUGAACAACUCAUACAUACAGCGGAGCGAGCACCCCCUGGCCCAGCUGUACUGCCACUCCACCAUGGAGCACCACCACUUCGACCAGUGCUUGAUGGUUCUAAACAGCCCAGGCAACCAGAUCCUCAGUGGCCUCUCCAUUGAAGAAUAUAAGACCACAUUGAAAAUAAUCAAGCAAGCAAUUUUAGCCACUGACCUAGCACUGUACAUUAAGAGACGAGGAGAAUUUUUUGAACUUAUAAGAAAAAAUGAAUUCAGUUUUGAAGAUCCUCUUCAAAAGGAGUUGUUUCUGGCAAUGCUGAUGACUGCCUGUGAUCUCUCCGCCAUUACUAAGCCCUGGCCUAUUCAACAACGGAUAGCAGAACUCGUGGCAGCCGAAUUCUUUGAUCAAGGAGACAGAGAGAGAAAAGAACUUAACAUGGAGCCCGCUGAUCUAAUGAACAGGGAGAAGAAAAAUAAAAUCCCAAGUAUGCAAGUUGGGUUCAUAGACGCCAUCUGCUUGCAGCUGUAUGAGGCCCUGACCCACGUCUCAGAAGACUGUUUGCCCCUGCUGGAUGGCUGCAGGAAGAACAGGCAGAAAUGGCAAGCCCUCGCAGACCAGCAGGAGAAGACGCUCCUUAAUGGGGAGAGCGGCCAGGCCAAGCGGGACUGACCUUCUCCCCCUCCUCCCCUCCCCCACCCCCACCGGGUGUUCGAACUGCCCUAGGCCUGGUUUCGCCAUACACUAUGCAGACUCGAGUGCACUUUGCCACUGCUGUAUUUUAUUUUUGCACAACUUCUGAGAGCAUGAGGUGUUUCAGAGAUUGCUACCUACUUUCCGUGCUUUUGUUUUAUGCCACUGAAGUGGAGCCGUCAGUCAUGCCCACUCUAACACUUUGAUAAGAGUGGUGUAAACUGCAUUCCCACACGCAGCUUGGUUAUGCUUGGGGAGUAUGAAUAACCGGCCUUUGUGUUUCUGAGUCACCAGUCUUUCAAACACGUUAGGAAUCGUUCUCGGAAGUGGGUUAGGGGCGAACUGAAUGUGUCCUGGGACAUUUAAAGCCAUCCUGAAAUUAACGCUGAGUGGAUGUUAGGGAGAAAUGAAUGUGUUUUAACUUGUCGGAAGUGUCUCGACCAAGUUAAAGACUUGUGAAGCAAGAAAACGUGGUACCUAAUUGCUCUGCUCUCUCUGGGAUGGAGAGAACUAGCAGUGCAUCCCAUCUGUGGCCGAACAAACUUAAGCGACAGCCCAUCCACGCAGUCUCCCUUCAGCAUGCAGAACGCCCGGGCCAGAUGAUUCCUCCCCCCACUGACUGUCCUAAGAGAGAGUGCCUGUCAGACAUGGGAGGGCCCUGGAUAGCCCUCAGCCAAGAGAAAUGUUUUACUUGAAGGUCUUUCUGACAAUCCACUUUUUUAAACGCUGAAAACUUUUUAAACUCUCCUUUUUGAAUUUUUCUUUUACUUCUCAUCUCCUUAAUUCAACAGUUUUAAGUUUCAACAGAGAAGUGGUCACAGGAGUGCCUGCCUGAAGGUAGAUAGGAUGGCACAUAUGUGAGUGCAAGUAUGGUCUCUAUUCCUUCUGUCACCUGAAAUUGACAGGAAAAAAUGAAUAAUUCUAUGAGUAGGGGAGGUCUGUUUCCAAUUGGCAGGCCAGACAAUGAAUUCAAAGGAGCAGUGUGUGAAAAAGUCUUCCUGCCCAAACAAAACAACGUUUAGUACUGGGGGAAUAGAAAAUGGAUCGAACCAAGCGACUGCAGUGGGGGAAGAGUAUCUGCUCCACGUGUGCAGGAUGGUUUGGGUCUGGGCAGAAUUAGAAGGGUAUGAUUUCUUAAUUCCCACCCUCUCCCCCAGUUCUCCCAAUGAGGGUGAAGUACUUGGUCUGGGUUUCUAGCAUUAAUUUGCCUUAAAAUGGUUUCUUUCCCCUUUCCUCUCUGUUUAAAACUCACCAUGGUCAUUUUAAUCCUGUGUAUGUAUAUUUUAUUGGGGUUUUGUUCUUCCUCGGAUAUGGAAGGGCAAGGCUGGUAUUGCUUUGUGCUGGUCAAGGCUAGUCCAGGGAAUUGUCACCCACUGCUAAAUGUAUUCUUGUUGUAAUACGUGUAUUUUAUUUUCAGAAUUUUAUUUUAUUUUUAUUCCAUGUCGUGUAGAUGAAACCUGUAAGGUUGCUGUAAUGCACUGGUGUGUAAAUGAUUAGACUUUCACUAAUACUAAUCAUAUCAGCAUUGAAUACGCCUACGCAGAGUGUGGACGUGCUGCCUAGAGGAUGCCCACAAGCCUGGCGUUGUACCCCACACACUGAGACUGAGCAGCUCUGCUGAAAUACCGCCAUAGACAUGUGUAGCUUCUCCACACUCCUCUGACUUGAGCCACUGAGAGUAUUUUUAAAGAUGACAGAUCAUAAGUGGAGGAUUUGUCUAACAUAGUAAUAGGCAAGAAGUCCUAUGUAGAUUGGAAAUUAUCUGCUUGCUUUAGGCAAUGGUUUGUUUUACUCUAGACAUUAACAUAGGAAAAGCAGUGUCGUGCCUGUGACAUUUUUACUGCUAGGUAUUUUAGUUCAGACAGAGGAGAAUGCUAUUUAAUUCAAGUAAUUUUUUUUAUUUUAUAGGAAAACCAUUCCAUACGUGGAUUUCUAUCUGUGGUACAAGAAAACAAGUCAUAGGUUUUGUUCUUAAUGUGAAUAUUGCCUUUUCAGUAUCCACUCAAGUUGGAAUAUAUUUAUCACAUUGUAAUAUUAUAAUUCCCCUCUCAUGCUGCCGCGAAUCGAUAGUGCCCGUUAUGAACAAGAUGGUGCUCUGGUCCUGGACUCUUUGUUUGACAAACUGCUUGGCCGGCUGUAGUGAAAUAAUACGAUAUCAUUUCAUUUUAACUUUCAGCCAGAAAAAUCCUCAUGGUUUGGUGACUUGUGUGUAAAGUGUCCUGAUCUUACACGUUUAGAAGAGUCGCCUUUGCCAGUCAGGAUGCUUAACCUCUGGACCUAAGGAAGGUGUGCAGCAGUUCGGAAAGAGCUUGUGUUUGAGGGGAAUGUCCCAGGAAGCAGCUCUUAAGCCUUCCUUAUGGCCUUUGAGACCCCGUCGGAAAACGGGGUAUUGAGGCAGAGUGACCCCAAGUACUUUUGAUUCACUCCACACAGACCUGGCUCAGAGCACAGACGCAGGAUGACACUCUCACUGGUUGGCUAAUGAUGACAGAGCUUCUUUUAGGGACAGCAUGGAGAUGAGGGAGUAUGUGAAAAUGUACUGGAGAUAAUGGUUUCUUGGAGGAACUUGAGUCCCCGAGACUCUUGCCUACCUGUUAAGUGCCUUUACUCUCAGAACGUUGCCGAAGUGUGAGGCUUGGCACCUGUUACAUUUCCAAACUUCCCGAGUUUCUCGCUAGGUUACACUCCUAAACCUUAUCGGUGAGCGGCAUGGCCUUUUCUUUAACUUGAUUUAAGGUGAGAAGAGACGAAAUGUUCCCCGCUCUCCUGGAAACAGCUGUCUCAAAUAAGGUGGCAGAAUUUAAUUACUCAGCAUCCACCGUGCUUCAGCCCCUUUUUAUUAGAUCCUCUCCUUACGUUAGGUACAGUGCUCAGAUGCUGAAACAGCAGGGAGUCCGGGGAGCUCAUGGGCCACACAGGAAAUGACUAAGAGUGCCAUUCCUCGACCUGCCAACCUAACAUGCAAGGGCACAAGGCUUUGUAUCGCUGUCCUCUUCGUCUGUAACACACGCUGUGCACUUUUAUCCAAAACCUCUUAAGAAGCUGUCAGUGAACAUUCUGUCUUCCUGUUGGCAUGGAUCAUUUACCUUGCUGAUAGCUUUAAGAACACCUUACAUAAGGAGUCCCAUCUUCCGUGACAUAGGUCAUGCAACCAGAGAGAGAGAGAGAGAGAGAGAGAGAGAGAGAGAUCAGAGUUCUCGGACCAUUCAACUGCAGAUUUGGACUUUCUGCCCUCUCACAGAGAGCAAAUAAGGAAGUAUUAAAGCUUACCUCACCUCUCCACGUUGUUAUCAAAAGCCUGUGUAGACAUGUCUUGAAUGUCAUUGAAAGUGAUGUAAAUAGCUGAAAAAUAGAAAUUUCUAUUACAGUUUAAGAACUCUAAUGAACAGUCACUCGCCACUGUUGACGAUCUAUUUGUAUUCUUAUGCCUUUUCAAUAUAUCUGAACAAAUAUAUAGUUUCUGCCACUAUUUUUAUACUAGCAUCAAAGAGUUACUAUGUAAAUUAUGUUUUGCUGUGAAGUCAUCCAAAAACGACUGAAAUGUUGGUUUCUUUCCUUUCCUCACCCCACAUGAUAAACCAUUUCCAGUGAUCCUUCUUCGAGGGUGUCAUUCUCCAGAAGCACACACCCACCUGGCCCCGGGUCCCUGUGGAGUCAGACCUGGUCAGGGAAGGGGAGAACUCACCACUUUGCUGGUUCUCAUUUUGCAGUGCUGUAAAAAUAAAGGGAAUGAACGAGAA